AUGCUCAUUGCAACCAUUGGUGAUAUCCCCCCUGUUCGUGACGGUUUGACAGACACAAGGAGGUGGAAACUGCAUCCCUCUGGUGUGUUUACUGUCAAAUCAUUGUACUCUCAAUUAGUGGCAGAAAAUGGCGUGCCUCACUUUCCUACUCAUUUCAUCUGGCAGCAGGCAAUCCCUCCAAAUAUAUGUUUUCUUAUGUGGUGUUUGGUUCACGGCAAGUUAAACACUAUAGAUACGCUACAACGGAAACAUAUGUCUCUUCAUAAUGACUGUGCUGGAGGAGAGGAGUCACAGAAUCAUCUUUUUCUUCACUGUAAGAUUGCAUACAAGAUUUGGUGCAACUUAACACCAACAACAGGUUGGUCUUGGGUUUUUCCGGGAUCAAUGAGAGCCUUGGAAGAUACCUGGCACACUCAGCACUUUUCUCAAUCAGGCAACUACAUCUGGAAUUUAAUCCCAGCAGCUAUCGUUCACACAAUCUGGAAAGAAAGAAAUUGUAGAAGGUUUGAACCUACACGCCUCUUCAAAACUGAUAAUGAUCUCAUUUUGGAAGUCAAGACUUUAGUUCUAACUUGGGCUGAGGCUGCAGGUCAUAGGGUUAAUCAAAACUGCUCCUACACGGUUCUGUCUAAUUGGGAGGCAUUGUUUUUGUAA